UUUUUCUUUUUCUCGUAGCUUGUCUUGUUAUGUAUUCAUGUAUUUUGCUUUGUACUUCAACUUUCCUAACUUAAUUUUCGUUUGCUUUGCYACUUAGCUCGAUUAGCUCUGCUAUUUCUAAAUGUUUGGCGCCCAUCCACAUAUUUUUCCCUUUCCACUAGUUCUAAUGCGUUUACCACUCCUGGGUGGACGCCUUGAUGCCUAACAGGCAGCCGGUUAGCACGGGCACUAAUGAUGGUCGUCACCAGCGUCUUCAGCGGAUCUUUUACGUCCACCUUAUACAGGGUUAUAUAGUGAAGACAGACGGGGCCUACGGUUUUAAGUCCUUGUCCGAAAAGACUUGAAGGUCUAACCAUUUGCAGAUAUAAUUACAAAGGCAGCAUCUUCUCCUCAGUUAUUUUAAGACCCUGAGUGUUGGUCCGGCCGAGGCUUUCCCCACAACAGACCGACGUUCUAACCGAACUAACCGGGUGGCGGUUAAAGCUAUCGAUAAUGUAAUUUUAAGGAAAGUGCUGGAAAAUUUAAGAUGUCGUUAAUCUUUAAGGAUUGAAAAGGUCUAAUAUUUUACUAGCAGCCAUCUUGAAAAGAAGCUUAAUAUAUAAAUGUAGGCACUGCCUAAAAGCGGAGCUCACAAUGGACGCAGAGAGCCCAAAUUAGAUAAAACUGAAAUGUGAAUAAAUAAUCGGGGGGGAAAAAAUCCUCCAUUAUUUAAUGUCCCCCAAAAUGAAAACCAUGAAGUGAAAUAAUCAAAUUGAAAUGCACUACAUCGUUUCCUGUGCACUAGUUUUAGUUUUCGACCUUACUACUCACAUGCACACAAGCCCCUCCAGCCAGCCCAGGGGAUAGUUUUGUUUAGUUUUUGUUUAUUUUGAUUUUGAUUUUGAUGACGUCAUAAAAAUAUUGUUUAUUGUGAGGUAACGUACUUUCAUUAUAAAAAUUUAAUCCUAAACUUAUGAACCAUAUAUGUCGACAGUUUAUAAAAUAAUUUAUUUUCUUAUCAUUAUUAGUUAAAAGAUUGUAUACACCCUUUUCGAGAAAGUUAGUCACCCGUGAAGAGUGAAAGCCAGUAAGCUAGCGGCGCGGAGGUUCAUGGUUACCCUUUAAGAAUCACGUGCUUUAAGUCCACUUUACCACGAGGCGGGAUUUUCAAAACAUUCAACAUGGACACCGGAACGGCACGUGUGAAUAUUAUGCUGAAAGUUUUAAAAUUGGAAAACAAAAACCAGUCUUCUUUGUUUUCCUUGAGAGAGGUGACAAUAUUUAAAGAUGUUGAGAUGUUUAAAAGAUAUUUAUUAGAGAAACAUGCCGCUGAAAUAAGCCCGGCCAAAGAAGUGAAUGGCUUCGAACUAGGUUAUUAUGGACCAAGAGGGAGAAAGCUUUCCAUACGUAAAAACGAACACCUGAAAGAGGCAUACUUGAAAUAGAGUUUGAACUACGUGACAUUUUGGUUGGAUCCCUUUCCUUCGUCUACUCCAAAAGGAAAGGCAAUUCUAGGAAAACGAGGGUCGGCUGACGACGACGAGCUCAUCUGCCUUGACUUUAGGCCGACGGGAAACAAGAAAACAAAAACAGAAGUCAAGAAAGAAGGUGAUAGUCGCUUCAACAGCUAUUUGUCAAAACUACGCCAAACCGAACAUGGCUCAAAAAUGGCCGAUUUUAAAAUAAAGUGUUGGGCAAGAAUGUUGGUAAAUGGAAGUCACGAUGACGAGACAGUGCCACCAAAUGUUUCGUUUUUUGCGACAGAGCCUAAAGGUGUAGUUAAGUCAUCAACAUCGACUUCCACCUGUUCUACCUCAGCACAACCCAGCAAACGAGAAAUGGAUGCCACGGGAGUAAACGAAGCGCAGAUCAAAGCACGAGGACUAAUUCUUGGCCAACUAGUUGAGCUGAAGAACCUGAGGGAUGGCGAUGYCAUUAGCAACGAGGAGUUUCAAGAGCAGAAAAAGAAGAUGUUGGAGGACCUCAAAAAAACUAAUUGAACCGAGCAAUGAUGUAAUUUAUUACUCAGAAGGUUUUGUUUUAUUGCGUGCUUUUAUUCGCAUAGUAUUAUAAGGACUGACUCGUAGUCAAGCUAAGUCAAGCUAAGCUACAACCAUCAUAAUAUAAGUAUUACAAAUUAAUUACAGUGUAUCGCCUGUUGUAAAAAAUCAUCAUUAAAAGGCUUUACACU